GAAAUCCUGUGUGUGUUCAUUUCCAUUGCUAAGGCCUGGGAAUAGAUAGCUACUACUCGUUUUGAAAGAUCCACAUUGUGUUACACUGCGGAGGUGGAAGUCAUCCCAUCGCUUGAUUUAUCGGUAAGGACCCCAGCAGAUGCAUAAACAGCCAAAGUACAUCUCUCCUUCCAAGAACCAGAACAUGAAGCCUGGGACUUCCCCUCAGGUGCCCAGCAUCAACACCUCUUCCAGGGACGCAACGAGAAGAAUCUGGGUCAAACGCCCAGAUGGUGUUGCCACCUCUCUGUACGUCAAACAGGACACCCUUGUUGAUGACCUGAAGACCAUGAUUAUUGGGAAAUAUCCGAUGUCCUUGGCCAAAUGGGUUGAUCCGUCUGAUAUUGUCAUCAAACUUGAACCGGCACUCGUUUCCUCAGUGUACAACCCAAUGCCAGUAUCUGCGACUCAACGGAAACCACCAGGCCCAUCGAUCAGUGCACCGUACAUGUCAACUUCUCCUUCGUCGUUCAACUCGCCACUAUCGCCCAUACCUAUUUCAGCGAGCAAGUCGUCGCUCAUACCACCAAGGGUACCUUCUUCUGAAUACAAUGCAAGAUCGGUAUCACCUGCCGCAUCUCUGACCGCAAUGCCUCCGUUAGAGCCUGAUCGUUCAGUCUGGAGCAUUGUUGAUACAUAUUACCCAACAGGGAUGGGUAUUGAAAACGCAUUCAUUGUUGAGACACCCGUCAUCCAACCACCAGAGGCUGGACAAUCGGCUCAAACAACACCUACAACGUCACAAUUUCAGCAGGGACAGCAACCCACUAUGGGCUCCGUUCCUUAUCCAGGAAACUCCCAUAGGAAAAGUCUGUCAAAUGAAACUAUUCAGGAGGGGAAAGAGGAGGAUUUCUCAAACACACAGUUUCAAAGACGUAUGAAAUCAGUAUCGUCAGGCCAGCCACUCAGAUCCACAACACCAUCAUCGCUACACAGGAGAUCAAUGUCUAACCCUGCAGAACAUGCUUCAGCUGUCCUAUUGAUGCCAUCAAAUGCAAAGACUAAUAGAUCGAACAGCUCAGCAGGACUGAUGACUGGUGGUGCUCAAAACCGUGGCUUAUCUGUCUCGCCAGACACGUCAUCGUCGCCGACAGAUGGGAUUCAUGAGAGAUUCAACAUUCACAAAACAGCUCCCUCAGGAGCUGUACAAAGGACAGCCUCACCAAGCUCGAAGAUUGGCAAUGGAACUAGCACAAUGGCAAAGGUGUUGCCUAGUGUUAAUGUUCUCAUAGUGGAGGAUAAUUUGAUUAACCUCAGGAUCUUAUCUGCACAUUUACGGAGACAUAGAAUACAUUAUGAUGUUGCGAAGAAUGGCCAAGAAGCUAUAGAUAAAUGGAGAAACGGUGGCUUUCACUUGGUGCUCAUGGAUAUCCAACUUCCUGUCAUGUCCGGUAUUGAUGCCACGAAAGAGAUUCGAAGAUUGGAAAAGAUGAAUCACAUCGGUGUGUUUUCAACUUCUGAUAUACUAAACCUACCUCCAAAGAAGCCUGAAGAUAACUUGGAUCUCAAUGUCUUUAGAUCACCUGUGAUUAUUGUCGCUCUCACGGCAAGUAACUUAAAACAAGAUAAACAAGAGGCAUUGGCUGCAGGUUGCAACGAUUAUCUGACAAAGCCAGUGAACCUGGACUGGCUUCUCAACAAGAUCACUGAAUGGGGGUGCAUGCAAGCUUUGAUUGAUUUCGAUGGCUGGAAAUCUGGUGAGAGAAUGACCAACAUCAGUGCUGCUUUACCUACGUUGACAAGAAACGCAUCGGCCAGGAAAGUCUUAACCAGCAAAGCCAUACCACAGUUCUGAUUAUUUAACGAAUCCACUCUCUUAAUACUGUCAUUUUUCAUCUCUUGAUCAUCUUUGAUCCAGCAAUACGUAGAUCGUCACUCUGAAGUAUAUAGGCUUAAAAUCCGG